GGCCCCGCCUUGUCUCUCUAACGCUCAGAGCAGGCAAGCAAGCAACCCAUUGGCAAGGAAUUUGCAAGGAAGCCUCUCUCCCUGUAUCUCUCUCCUCCAAUGGAUCGCGAUCAGGAAGCGGAGCGGGAAGAGGUCGCUGGCGAAGAGGGGUUUGGUCAUGGUGGAGAGAAGAAUGAGUACCUGAAGGGAGUGGAGUUUGUCCUGCCGCACUCCUGUCUUCCACUGCCGGAGCCCCCGGCUGGGCUUGCGAAGGAGCGCUCUAUCGGGCCGGACGAGGAGCGGCUCCCCAUCGGGCGAUCCGCCUCCCUCAACUCUGCCGUCGAGUUCAUCCGCGACAGGAGCAGCGUCUUCUCCGCCGCCAUCGUUAGGCGAUUCUCCUCCUCCUCCUUGAAGGAACCGCCGCUGCUCGACGGCAAUUACGACCCUGCUGCACCACCCGCCACUGAGUUUCACCUCCACGGUCUCAAGGUCGUCGUGCGGGUCAAAGGAGAGAGCGAGACAGAGGAGAAGACAGAGGCUGCAAGGGUAUUAGGCUUCGAGAUCAAGGGCCGGGUCAGCUUCUUCUCCCGCUCCGGCUGCCGCGACUGUGGAGGCGUCCGAUCCUUCUUCCGCGAACGGGGCAUUCCUUACGUCGAGAUCAACUUGGACGUGUUCCCGGAGCGGGCUCUGGAGCUGGUGGAGCUGGCCGGGAGCGCCGCCGUGCCGGCUAUCUUCUUCAACGAGAAGCUGCUGGGAGGACUGGUUGCGCUCAAUUCCCUGCGGAACAGCGGGGAAUUCGAUCGGCGGCUGCGAGAGAUGGCCAGCCGGCGGUGCCCGGACACGGCGCCACGGAUGCCAGUUUACGGAUUCGACGACGAGGAGGAGCUGGAGGGGGAGCGGCCCGACGCGAUGGUUGCCGUGGCGAGAGUUCUCCGGCAACGCCUCCCUAUCCAGGAUCGGAUCACCAGGAUGAAGCUCGUCAAAAACUGCUUCACCGGCGGCGACGCGGUCGAAGCCCUAAUCGGCCACCUCGACUGCGGCCGCAAGAAGGCGAUCGAGAUCGGUAAAGAGCUUGCCAGGAAGCACUUCAUACAUCAUGUAUUCCGGGAGAAUGCCUUCGAGGAUGGGCGUAAUCAUUUCUACCGUUUCCUGGAGCACGAGCCAUCGAUUCCUAGAUGCUUCAACUUCAGGGGAACAACUAAUGAUAAUGAACCCAAGCCAAUUCAAACUGUUGGGCACAAGCUUACUAAGCUAAUGCAAGCAAUUCUUGAAGCUUAUGCAUCUAAUGAUAGGCGCCAUUUGGACUAUGGUCGUAUAGGUGCCAGUGAGGAGUUCCGAAGAUAUGUUAACCUCAUUCGAGAUCUGCAACGGAUUGAUAUUUUCAGCCUUUCAGCUGCCAAGAGGCUGACUUUCUUCUUGAACUUGUAUAAUGCGAUGGUCAUCGAUGCUAUCAUCAAGAUUGGCCGACCAGGAAUGAUUGACAGGAAGGCUUUCUAUACUGACUUCCAGUAUAUAAUUGGAGGCUUUCCUUACUCACUUUCAUCCAUCAAGAAUGGUAUCCUCCGAUCGAAUAGAAGGCAGCCUUACUCAUUGGUCAAGCCAUUCAGUGCCGGUGACAAGCGGCUAGAGUUGGUCCCCGAUAAGGUUAAUCCUUUGAUCCAUUUUGGCUUAAGCGAUGGAACCCGUUCGAGUCCAACUGUAAGGUUCUUCUCUGCCCAAGAUGUUGAAGUCGAACUCCGAUACGCUGCAAGGGAGUUCUUUCUUCACGGUGGCGUGGAGGUGGAUCUUGAGAAGAGGAUAGUCCAUCUCAACAAGAUCUUCAAGUGGUAUAGCACAGACUUCGGACAAGAAAAAGAUAUCCUCAAGUUGAUCUUGACUUACCUAGAUGCAACUAAAGCUGGCCUUUUGACUCAUCUUCUGAACGACGGAGGUCCUAUCAAAAUAUCCUACCAAAACUUCGAUUGGUCCUUGAAUUGUUGAUGGCUCUAUGUGGUAAUGCCAUUCGUAGCACUGAGACAACCGAGACGACGGCAAGUAUCCACGAGAUAGAAAAUGUUGUUUGUGUCGUGUGUGUAUAACAUUCAAUCGACUUGCCUCAUGCCUCUCUAGAAAGAUAUAGUAGAGCAUGUAUGAAUGCAUUAUGAUCUUUUAUACAAAUGUAGUUUAAGAAUCUUUCUGUUUACCUAGUUUUUUAUGUCAUACCCUAGGAGUUAUCUCGGUUUGCGAAUAAAUAUGUGAGUUUUUGUGCA